AUGCACACCAAGGGGGAAAUCCAACCUCUCCUUACUUCCGAGCCUAGUUCAGAGUAUGAGAGGGUACUCGGCAAUGCUAAGGUCCUACGAAACAUAGAAAACGCUACUAUCCCUGAAACUGCCACAUAUGGUAGAAAUAUUUCCUGCGGAAAUGCCUAUGUCCUCGUCCUCUCUCAGAUGAUCGGUUGCUCGAUCUUUGCAACACCCGGGAGCAUCGUCCGGUCGGCAGGGAGUGUCGGCGUCACUCUUCUAUUAUGGAUAUUCGGUGCAUGUAUUGCAGCUUGCGAUCUUGCUAUAUAUACAGAAUAUGGAUGUAUGCUACCUCGUUCCGGCGGCGACAAGGUGUACCUCGAGUUUACGUAUCGUCGUCCGAGAUUUCUUGCGUCCACCCUAUUUGCCAUUUCAGCUGUUGCCCUAGGGGUUUCCGCGACGAACUGCAUCGUUUUCGGUCAGUAUAUGUUAUUUGCUCUCGGAAUGGAGGCAACGGUGGCUGCCCAAAGAGGCUUUGCAGUUGGCCUUCUUCUUGCAGCUUGCAUAAUUCAUGGAUACUUCUUAAAGGCCGGCAUCCGGAUCCAAAACAUCCUCGGAUGGGUGAUAAUAUUGAUUAUCGCUUUCAUGAUAUCCACGGGCAUCUACGUCAUCUUUUUUCAGAAACGUCCAACCAUUACCGAAUUUCCUGAGCUGUUUUCUUGGGAUGGGGUCUGGGAAGGCUCUAACUGGGGAUUUGGUGUCCUCGCAACCUCCCUUUUGAAAGUAUUUAGCACAUUUUCCGGAUUAUGUACUACGAAUGUCGUGCUCAACGAGGUUAAGAACCCGGUCAGGACUCUCAAAGUCGUGGGGCUGUCGGCAUUUGUGACUGUCUGCAUUCUAUAUGCGCUCAUCAACGUGGCUUAUUUUAUGGUGGUGCCGAUCGAAGAUAUCAAACGCAGUGGACAAUUAGUAGCAGCUUUAUUUUUUGAACGUGUGUUUGGGCCAGGAUUUGGAAAAACCACCCUUCCUCUCCUUGUCGCAAUCUCGGCCGCUGGAAAGGUCAUGGUUACGGCACGAGUCAACCAGGAGAUAGCAAGACAGGGCUUCCUCCCAUUUUCUCGCUACCUUUCGUCAUCACAGCCAUUCAACACACCGCUGGGGGGCAUUAUCGUCCACUUAAUCCCUACGGUACUCACGAUAUGGCUACCACCCCCAGGCGAUGUAUACAAUUUUAUCCUAGACGUCCAAGGGUACCCUAACGAAAUUUUCGGUGUUGCCAUUACAUUUGGCCUAAUAUUACUUCGAUGGAGACGGCCAGAGCUUCUACGACCAUUCAAGACAUGGCUUCCGACAGUGUGGUUUCGAAUGGCCGUUGGAGCUUCGUUGAUCGUUGCCCCUUUCUUCCCUCCCCCCAACGGACAAGGGGAUGUUCACUUUUUCUAUGCAACUUAUGCAAUCGUUGGAGCUGGUUUAAUUGUUUUGUCGGUAUUAUACUGGUGGAUCUGGACUAUUGUCCUUCCAAAUUGGAACGGAUAUCGACUUGAAGAAGAAGUCGAAAUUCUCGAUGAUGGGACAAGUAUUACGAAACUAGUCCACGUCAGCAAACAAACUUGA